CCCACGUGACCCGCCGCGCAGGGGCCCGCGAGAGCAGGGGGGACGUUAUAAUUUGAAAGCGGCUCGAGCUCGGGUUCGGGUUCGGACGGACGGGGUUUCAAGAUGAAGGUGAAAAUGUUGUGCAGAAAUCCGGAUGACUACGUUAGAGAGACGAAAAUAGACAUUCAGCGAGUUCCAAGGAAUUAUGAUCCCGCAUUGCAUCCAUUUGAGGUACCUCGGGAAUACACCAGAGCACUGAAUGCCACCAAACUGGAGCGUGUCUUUGCCAAGCCAUUCGUAGCAUCACUUGAUGGUCACAGAGAUGGCGUGCACUGUAUGGCUAAGCAUUUUACGAGUUUAUCCACAAUAAUCUCUGGGGCUUGCAAUGGUGAGAUCAAAGUUUGGAACUUGAUGAAGCGUGAAUGCAUCCGUACAGUGCAAGCGCACACAGGUUUUGUCAGAGGCAUCUGUUCUAGAUUCUGUGGUACAUCAUUUUUUACAGUUGGUGAUGAUAAGACCAUCAAACAGUGGAAAAUGGAGAGUCCCGCAUUUAAUGAGGAAGAAGAGCCAAUGCACAUGAUUCUAGGCAAGACUGUUUAUACAGGAAUUGAUCACCAUUGGAAAGAUGGUGUAUUUGCAACAUGUGGACAGCAGGUGGAUAUCUGGGAUGAACAGAGGACUAGCCCAAUUCGCUCUUUUACGUGGAGUGUGGACAGUAUCAGCAGUGUUAAAUUUAACCCAAUAGAGACACACCUUCUUGCCAGCUGUGCGUCUGACAGAAAUAUCGUUUUGUAUGAUAUGAGACAGGCAGCUCCUUUGAAAAAGGUUAUCAUGGACCUGCGGACUAAUGCCGUUUGUUGGAACCCUUUGGAAGCUUUUAUUUUUACUGGAGCGAAUGAGGAUUACAACUUAUAUACCUUUGACAUGCGCUACCUUGAUACGCCUCUAAUGGUGCAUAGGGAUCAUGUGUCGGCAGUACUGGAUGUAGAUUACUCUCCAACAGGAACAGAGUUUGUUUCAGCGAGUUUUGAUAAAUCUAUUCGUAUUUUCCCUGCAGACAAAGGGCAUAGCAGGGAGGUGUACCAUACAAAACGUAUGCAACAUGUGAUGUGUGUAAAAUGGUCUGCUGAUAGUAAAUACAUACUUUGUGGUUCUGAUGAAAUGAAUAUCCGUUUGUGGAAGGCUAAUGCUUCAGAAAAACUUGGUGUGCUUAUGCCAAGAGAGAAGGCAGCUAUGAACUACAAUCAAAAGCUUAAAGAAAAAUUCCAGCAUCAUCCUCAGAUCAAACGGAUAGCUCGUCACCGGCAUUUGCCUAAACUGAUUUAUAGCCAGUCCAAGGAACUCCGUAUCAUGAGGGAAGCACAACGCAGAAAGGAACUGAACCGUCGCAAGCACAGCAAACCAGGAUCUGUACCAUUUGUUACAGAGAGGAAGAAGCAUAUUGUGGCUGUGGUGAAAUAGCUAUUCUGCCUCUACAUUAUAUAUUAAUUAUUGCACAGAAUUUGAUCAAGGAAAAACAUUUGUAAUAAUAUACAAUUGUAAUAAAAUUUUGUAUUUUA